AUGAUAGUAGACCGGAUUUUUAGAGAUGUUGUUCAGGUUUUCACUGAUUUAGAUUACGAGGUUAAAAUGCCAUAUUAUUUAGAAAAAGGAAACAAGCAACAUACAACUCUGGAGGCGAAUGAAUCGCGUUUGGUGACCAAAGUUAGAUGGACCGUUGAAUCUUUCCAUGCUCGAUUCAAAAACUGGCGGUUUUUUAGCGAUCGAAUUGAAAAUCAAAUGCUUCCUAAACUCGAAUAUUGUAUUAGAAUUAUUUCAGCGUGUUUGAAUUGUUGUCGUGGAGCCAUCGUACAAAAUCAUAACUCUUUAGAAAUCCAAGCAGUAUUUGUAGCAGCAGCAAUGAAAGAUCGAAAAGGAAAAUGUAAUACUCUUUUAGCGUUGAUUGAAACAGGAAAAAUCAGUGCACGGCAACGAUGGAGUGAAAUAGAUGAAGCAAAUAUUGAUUUUCCUCUUAUGGAUUUAGAUGAUCUGAAACUUCUCUUUUUCGGGUCAUGUCAAAUUAAACCGAGUAUUACGUAUGCGGAGGAGCGUUUAAGUAAUGUAUGUCCUGAAUUGAAAAAAAUGAUAAAUAAUCUUCAAUUACCAUUACCAUCGUCAACAAAUACUCAACAAUCAUUGACAACAUCAGAUAAAGUACCUCAGCAAGUCGCAUCACCAAAUCUUAUACCUAUUAUAUCACCAUCAGAUACAAUUCAAUCAAAUUUAACUUUAUCCACAGCAUCUUCUAUCUCAAUAUCAACAGAUAAUAAUGAAAGCAUUAUGCAACAAUCAUCGUCGUUAAAAAUUAAAAGACAAGUGAAAAGAAGAGUUCAAACAAUAGAAUCUUCAUAUAACACAAAAGAGUCAGCAAAAAAACCAGAAGAAGAUAAUUUUUACAUGCUGAACAUUUUCUUGUUUGUACUUCUUCGUUUACUUCUUUAA